AUGAUAUGUUUACGAUCAUUGAUUAUUCUAUUUGUCGUAUUCAGUGUUAUUUUUUCUGAAGAAUCAUUAUCCGAUCCUGAACAAACUGUGAAUAAUAAUGAUUUAGAACGAAAACCAUUGGGCGAAGAAGUACUUUAUCAUGAACAGCCGAUGAUUUUAGAUGGUCCAAGUUUAGUAGUUGCUUUAAGUAAUGAUAAUUUUACACAAUUUAUCGAAAGUCAUCCAGUUGUCUUAGUCGAAUUUUAUGCACCAUGGUGUGAACAUUGUAAACAACUUGAACCAAAUUAUGAAACAGCCGCUCGCCUUAUGAAAGACAACGAACAUCCCGUUCAAUUUGCUAAAGUUAAUUCAGCAGUUGAAAGUUCAUUAGUUCAACAAUACGAUGUUGAAAAAUAUCCUACCUUGAAAAUAUUUCAUCAUCAAAACCCAUAUCCUUACGAUGGACCACUUGGAACGGGACAUUCGAUUAUGGAAUAUAUGAAACAAUACGCAGAUCCAGAUUGGAGACCUCCACUAUCUGAUGUUUUCAUUUUAACAGCCGAGAAUUUUACUCAAUUUACUGAAAAUGAACCAUUGUCAUUGGUCGAAUUUUAUACUCCACUGUGUAAAAUGUGUAAAAAUUUAGAACUACAUUAUGAGAAAGCUGCGAGACAUUUGAAAAGAAAAAAUAUCAAAUUGGCUAAAGUUGAUGCUACACAAGAAGUUCAAUUAGCCAAAGAACAUAAUAUCACUGAGUAUCCAACAUUGUUCGUCUUUCUUCAAGGCGGAAAAAAAUCACUAUAUAAUGGAAAAAAUACCGAGCGUACCAUUGUCCAAUAUAUGGAAGAUAUGCAGUUAUUUCCAAGUCAAGAACUGAAUACUUCAAAUGAAUAUAAGGAAUUGUUUACACAUCAUGAUAAAGUCUAUGUUAUAGGUCUAUUUACAAAUAAAAAUACACCAUUAUACAAUCAAUUCAUGGAUUAUGCUAAUUUUAAUCGAAGACUAUAUAAAUUUUCACAUACAUUUCAUUCAACAGAUAUUCUACCAUUAAAUGAUAUUAAAACGUUGCCAGCUAUUGUUAUACAAUAUCAUCCCGAUAUUAGAUCAAAAUAUGAGAAUGAAAAAUAUGUUUUAGCGAAGACUAGUGCCACAUUAGAUGAUAUUAAAGAAUUUGUUGAAAAACAUCAAACACCACUCGUUGGUUUAUUAACACAAGACAGUCUACAGAAAUUUUAUGAUAAAUUACGUCCUUUAUGUGUUAUAUUUUAUGAUGUUAGUUUUUCAUUUGAUCAGCGUGAACAAACACAAUAUUGGAGACAAAAGGUAUUGAAUGUUGCCAAAGAUUACAAGAAUAAAAUUAUAUUUGCCAUUACUGAUGAAGAAAAAAUGGAGAACAUGUUAACAGAGUUUGAUUUAGACUAUUCGAGUGAAGAUGUUAAUGUUGGCUGUUAUAGUAAUGAUGGGAUGAAAUAUCGACUGGAUGAUGAUGAUGAAUUUACGAGUGAUUCAUUUCGAGAAUUUAUUGAAAAAUUUGACAAAGGAAAAUUGAAACCAUAUAUUCGUUCACAGACGAUGCCCAAAAAAGCAAUUGUAGAUGGAAUAAUGACCAUUGUUGGAAAAAAUUUCGAACAAAUUGUUAACGAUAAAACGAAAGAUGUUGUUAUAUUCUUUCAUACAUCGUGGUGCAUGCUCUGCAAAAGUUUUCUUCCAACAUAUAACCAAAUUGCACAGAGUUAUAAAGGUUCAAAAAAUCUUUUAUUUACACAAUUCGAUGCCACAGCCAAUGACUUGCCAACAAAAGUUUAUGAUAUCAGCACAUAUCCAACAUUAUACAUCGUUCCAUCCAAUAAUAAAUUAAAACCAAUAAAAUAUAAUGGAAAUCGAGAUACUGAUGAUUUUAAGAAAUUUGUUGAAACAUAUUCCACAAAUAUUGCUCAUAAUAAAUCUCAAGAACUCUGA